AUGCUUCAGAGAAACACUGAAUGUGUAAAGAACAUUGCAGGGCUUUGCUACGACACCAACGAGCCUGUUUUGAAGAAUGAGUUUGAAAAGUAUGGUGAAGUUGUCGAAGUGAAAGUAAUAUGUGAUCACAUGAGCGGGAAAUCAAAAGGUUAUGGCUUUGUGCAAUUUGAUUCAGAAGAAGCAGCUGCAAGAGCCUUAGCUUCGAUGAACAAUCAGUUACUCGAAGGAAGAAACAUCAGAGUUGAAUAUGCUCAACCUAAAGAAGGUGUACAUCAUAAUCACAUGUGA